AUGGGAACAUGUUAAUAAUGCAAAUCGUAUGUUGAAAUCAGCAAUCUCACCAUCAUUGACUAACUUAGCAAUGAUUUCAUAGUUGUGUAAGACGAUUAUUAGCAUCCUUUGUAUGGCAAAGUCAACAUACUAGAGUACAAAGAACCCAAACAAUUUGAUUUUAAAUUAGUACAUAAACUUAUUACAUUUGUAGAGAGAGAAGACUUUCAACAAGCAUUACAAUAUUAUGAAGCCAAAUUUUAUGGGUUCAAUCAUCCCAACCUCCUCAUCAUACAUGGUAUCUCAUCUUCAUCUUACACUAGCAAUGCAAAAUCGACAAAUAGAUCAAUUCUUUAACACCCAAUACAAAUUGUCACUCUUUCUAGAUUACUAUGAAACCACUCUCGCCUAAGAAUUACUCUUCAGAAAGAAAAUAUAUUUUGAAGAAAGAGAAAUACUAUUCUUUCUGGAUUCCUUAAUCGGUAGUUAAGCCUUCCUCCAAUCUAAAGGUCAUGCCUUGUCCUCCUUAAAAUUUGAUAAGAUCUAUCUCACCAAUCUCCUUAAUGGAGCCAUCGCUUUGAAAGUCCAAAGUCCCCUAUUUGACCCCAAAGAUUAGGAAAUGGAAUUCAAUGCUUUAUUUGAUAAAAUAAUAAAGGGUGAGUAAGUCAAAUUGCAGGAUUACCCAUACCUCAGUCCAGAACAAUGGCAAAUGAUUCACAAUAAAAAGUUGGAAUCUUACGAUCUCUUUAAAUCCAAUGUAUUUGUACUUGGUCUAGUAAAAAUAUAUAUGCAUAUUCGUUUAGAUGACAUUAGAAUUAUGUUCUGUUCGUCAGAGUAUCACCUUAUAUAAAGACUACAUGAUUGAUCAGACCCUUUUAAAUGAUCAAAUCAAUAAAGUUAAAGAGAGAUAUGGAGAAGUAUUACCCUUGCUUUUAGAAGCUAUGUUGUAUUACGAUCCUAAAGUGAGAUGCGAUUUCUUAUAGUUGGAUGAUCUAUUGAAUUUACAACAAUUAUUAAAUGGUAAAAGACUGUCUCAAAUUUGGACUACCGAAGAUUUCUAGUAUAGUUUCAUUGAGAAAAAGGUACUCAGUACGAUAUACUAUUUAUAGGUUCAUUUCACUACAAAGCAGCACUCGCUUAUUCAUCCAGAAGUCUAAUCCUAAUUAUCUAAUUAAUCAUUAUUGCAAAAAGGAUCACAUUUAUCACUCAAAUAAGUCUUAUCAAAAAAUUCCAAAGAGUCCAAAGCAUCAAGUGUAUAUAUAUUAAUUCAUAAUUCAAGUCAUUUAUUUAAAAGAGAGAAUCAUAUUCACCUUAAACACAAAAAAAGAAUUUGUUUAAAAAAUUCGAAACAGAACAAGCUUCAAAAGGAGGCAGCAAGAAACUCAUUACUUAAGAUGGAUUUGGAGUGGAAUCAUUAGCUAAUGGCCUAACAUAUGAAGGUAUAUUUUAGGGGGGUAAAAAGUAAGGGCUAGGUAAGUUGAUUAAUGAUGACAACGAGAUUAUUUAUGAGGGAUACUUCUUUGAAAACCAGUAAAUUUUAUAUAAAAUAUCAGAUAAGAUAUCAUCGUACAGGAGUACUCAAAAAUUAAAAUCCGUAACCACUAACUGCACCAUUCAAUUAUAAAGAUUUUAAUAAGUUAGGAAAUAUGUGGGUCAAAUAUGAUGGAGAUUUCAAAGAAGGUAGACAGGAUGGAUAUGGUUAAUUGACCUUGUCUAAUGCUGAAAUCUAUACUGGACUCUUUAAAAAUGGAGAAGUAAAUGGAACUGGAGUGUUCUUAACUUUGGAUGGCAAAUAAAUCAAAGGCAAAUGGGUGAAUAAUAUCUUUCAAGAAGUAUGA